ACAAAAAUAAAAUUAUAAUUUCUUUAUUCUCCAUAUCCCAUCGUCUCCGCCACUACGUUAACCCUUCUCACCUCACAAGAUCAACUCCUUCGUCUCUUCCCUGUCCUCGCCGCCGCCGCCGUUGUGGAUGCUCUAAUCUCGACACUGUAACUGCUGACCUACUCACCUCUCAUCUUGUCUUCUUUCCAUCAACCUUAAGCAUAUAAUGGAGGUUCAAGUCAAAGAUACAGUUCUAACACCUGCACCUCUGGUUAAGGUUUCAUUCUCACUUGGCUCGGAAAUUUAUUCUGCCAAUGCAAAUAAUGGAACCCUUUCUGAGCAACUGGUUUCAUUGAAAGAGGCAAGCAUGAGCAUAUUGAAAGAAUACAUCACCAAACAUAAUGUUCCCAAUGAUGUCCCUGACGAACCGCUUGACGGGAGUUCAUCGGAAAAUGAUGAUGCGCUUGAGAAGCCGCCAGUCAAGUCUAAGAAAACAAAGAUAAAUUGAUGCCACCAUUUUCUUUAUUUUUAAUGAAAAGCUUAUUUCUGGUGUUGGAUUAUGACUGCUUGAAGUUCUAACACCUGCACCUCUGGUAUUGUGAAAGCUAAGUGUAGUUGGACCUAAUAAUUCUUGUGUUGUUGUAUUUUUGUAGUUACAAUUAAUUUCUUGUCA